ACCCCGGCCGGGGCGCGCCCUGGGAGGCCGGGUGGGAGGGGCCGCCCCGGGCUCCCCCCGCCCCUCCUCGCGGGCCCCGCCGCUUCCGCUCGCCCACGGGCCGCCCGGGGAGCCUGGACGCGCCGCCUGGGCUCUACGUAGCCGGCGGCUCUGGGACUGCAUCCCACACCCUCUUCACAUGAGGCCAUGAGGCACCCACUGGACCAGGGCCAGGUCACCCUGCCCCCUCCCGCCCCCCAUCCAGAAGCUCCUGGCUGCUGCAGGUCCCAUAGAAUCCUGGACUGUGCCCAGCUGGUCCCCACUGCACAGAUGGGGAAACUAAGGCGGAGGGAAGAGGAGCGCCUGGCCCCUGGCCACACCGGAAGAGAUGAGAAGGGAGGCUCAGAGAGGUUGAGUUACUGUCCAAAAUCACACAGCCAGUCAGGGAAGAGCUGGGGUGCAACCCCUGGCCUGCUGGCCCCCCCACUGCUGCGACCCCUCCUCUCCCCCAGACCCCGCCCCCUCCGGAACCUCCUGCUCCUGCUGUGGACCCUCCUGAACUGUGGUUUGGGGGUCAACGCUCAGGGUCCGGGUGAGUGGACUCCAUGGGGUUCCUGGAGCCGCUGUUCUAGCUCUUGCGGGCGAGGGCUCUCCGUGCGCAGGCGGCAAUGCGUCCGGUUUCCCAGGGAAGAGCUGUGCUGGGGGGACACCCACGAGUACCGCCUAUGCCAGCUGCCCGAGUGUCCCCCAGGGGCCGUGCCCUUCCGAGACCUCCAAUGCGCCCUCUACAAUGGCCACCCUGUCCUGGGCACCCAGAAGACCUACCAAUGGGUGCCCUUCUAUGGUGCACCCAACCAGUGCGACCUCAACUGCCUGGCGGAGGGACACGACUUCUAUCACAGCUUCGGCCGCGUGCUGGACGGUACCCCCUGCAGGCCGGGCACCCAGGGACUCUGCGUGGCUGGCCGCUGCCUCAGCGCCGGCUGUGACGGUUUGCUGGGUUCGGAUGCCCGCGAAGACCGCUGCGGCCGCUGCGGCGGCGCCAACGACUCGUGCCUCUUCGUGCAGCGCGUGUUCCGGGAUGCCGGUGCCUUCGCUGGGUACUGGAACGUGACCCUGAUCCCCGAGGGCGCCAGGCACAUCCGCGCCGCCCACCGGAGCCGGAACCACCUGGCGCUGAUGGGGGGCGACGGGCGCUACGUGUUCAACGGGAACUGGGCGGUCAGCCCUCCCGGGACCUACGAGGCAGCGGGCACCCGCGUGGUCUACACCCGCGUCACAGGGUCAGAGGAGACGCUGCGCGCCGCCGGGCCCACCUCCGAAGACCUGCUCCUGCAGGUCCUCCUGCAGGAGCCCAACCCCGGCGUUGAGUUCGAGUUCUGGCUCCCCCGGGAGCGCUAUGGCCCCUUCCAGGCGGAGGCUCAGGCCCAGGGUUGGUCUCUGCGGCAGCCGCAGCCUCGGGAGGUAGAUCCUCAGUCCCCUGAGUCUCCCGCUGCCCCCACUGUUAUCCCCCCACGGACCCCAGGCCCCACCCCAGGUGAGCUGGGGACAGCCUGGGCGGGGGCGAGCAGGGAGGCAAGGCCUGUGCCCCUGACUGCACUGCCCCCGCAGACCCCUGCCCACCCUGCCCUGACACCCGCGGUCGUGCCCACCGGCUGCUCCACUAUUGCGGCAGCGACUUUGUGUUCCGGGCCCGCGUGCUGGGCCGCGUCCGGCAGGCCCAGGAGACCCGAUAUGAGGUGCGCGUGCAGCUCAUCUACAAGAACCGCUCGCCACUGCGGGCCCUCGAGUAUGUGUGGGCGCCGAGCCGCUGCCCCUGCCCACCGCUGGCCCUUCAUCGGGACUACCUGCUGGCAGCCCGGCGCCUCAUCAGCCCCGAUGGCACUCAGGACUGGCUGCUGCUCCCCCAUGCUGGCUACGCCCGGCCCUGGAGCCCCGCCGAGGACAGCCGCGUGCGCCUGGCCGCCAGACACUGCCCCCUCUGAGCCCCUGGACCAGACCUCGGCCACACACGGCUGACCAGGCUCAAAGUCAGCAUAUUUCCCCUCUUGCCAUAGCUUCCAGGAAGCUCAGAACUAUCUCCCACCUGCAGCUCAGUGACUCCCCGCCACACACACUCAGACACCCCUGCACUCAGUCAGAUCCACUGUCGGAAGCAGGCACGCACUGGUGAGGAUACACUAAAUGGACUCUUUAGCUCUGAUUUCCUCUCUCACCCUGGCUGCCAGGAAACUCAUAGCUAUUUUACUCUCAGAGACUCUGUGUCUGCUUUUAUUCCCCUUGUCUCACACUCAUUUGCUGGAACACACUGUCACACACAAGCAUGACCCCAACAAAGACAUGCCUAAGGAGACCUUGUAAUGUAUCCAUUUCCCCUCUUGCCCUGGCUACCAGGAAGCUCACCACUGUUUAACCCCCUGACACUCUGUCUCUCCCUUCUCAUUGCCACUUAACACAUGCACACUCACGUAUUCAGAGACACUGUUACAAACAGGCAUGACCCCCUAGAAAACAUGCCUACCCAGGCACUGUAACGUACCAAUUUCCCCUUUUGCCCUGGCUACCAGGAAGUUCAGAGAUAAUCUUGACAGCUUCCGCAAUUCGGGGGGAGGUGGGAGGGUUCCCUCCAGGCAACACUGCUGUUCACCCCUUUUUUAUUCCUAUUUAAUUUUUACAAGCACUUUUUUUUUUUAACAAGGGCACCCCAGUUUCACAUACUUGGCCGCAGACACUUCAGGAUGCCCUGUUAGUCAGAUCCACAGCCACGUUGUCACCACCUGAACACACGUGAUCACGUGCACCUCAUCCCCUCCUCCUCCUGGUCCAGCCCCCACCUCCCCCCAGCGUGUCUGACCCUGGGGCGACCGUGAGGACGGGGAAUAUAAGAGGAUGGGGGAAGGCGGGACUUUCUGAGGUUCCAAGCCCCCUCCUGAUGCCCCUUGGGGCCACAUAUUCCUCUCAGGCCGUUCAGGGGGGCCCCUCCCCACCCCCGAGCAGAGCAGGCAGGUUAGAGCCCCCACCCUCAGCGUGUGCCCUGUCCUCAUGUGUCCUGGAUGUAGUCUCCUCAUAGAUUCUAGAGCCAGGAGGGCAGGCCUAGAUCAUGUGUGGAUUGGAAGUGUCAGUGGGGUGUCACAUAGUCACGCAGAAAACCUCCCCUUCUGCCUCCCCAUCCUGAGUGGGGUGACUCACGCCGUCAUCUGGGACAACCUGCUCGUCUGUACCAUCUGUGGUUGUGUCUUCUUCUGGGGCGCGGGAUGGUGGGAGUGUGCAACGGGUGCUGGACAUGUGGGUCUCAAUGGACUCGGCCCCUGACCUUGGGGGUGACCUCAGGCCAAGUCCUGCCCCUCUCUGGGCCUCAGUUUCCCCAUCUGUGUAUACCCUUUCAGCCCCUCCCGGCCCUGACCUUGGGAACCUCACUCUUCCAGAUUCCUUCCCUAGCCCUUCUGUUCAUUCGUGCAUUCCUCCAAAGAGUAUUUAUUGAGCACCUACUGUAUGCCUGGGACCCAGCAGCGCCUGGGGCGGCCCCGGCCUAGCCCUGUCUUCUGUAACAAGUGCUAAAGCCGGAGGAUCUCCCGAACGCCCCCCCAUCCACGGGGCAGAGUGGGGCGCAGUUCUGGAGGGAGGCGUGGGGUCUGGGCGCCCCCUGGUGGCAGGACGGGGGGAGAAGGAAUUCAGCGUUUCGGGUGUUACCUGCAGUCCCCAAGGGCUUCAGGUCCCCGAUGGCCCCAGAUGGUCCCCUCUGCCUCACUGCACUGUGGGAGUGUGUUCAGUGUCUGGAAAUGGGAGCCUCCGGCCUCUUCCUCCCCGGAGCUCUGUGGGGCAACCCUGCCAUCUACUCCCCAACCAGCGGGACCGGUUUGCAGGGGUGAGGUUCCUGCCGGGGCAGAGGCCAAUGCAGGGCCCACUCUAGCAGACAGGAUGGCCUGUGGCCACAGGAGCCACGAUUUCCCGCAUGCCUUCCUCCGAGUGGCAACAUUGUUUCCGGUAAUGGUCACGUUACAAACAAUCAAUGGAACCAUUUAAAGAGAGAAGAAAGCAUUGCAAUUUUAAAGAUACUCAAAAUCAGCAACUCAGUUGAAGGUGGGACUAGCAUUUGCACUUACUUGCCCAGCAAAAAUUCCACGCUGUUUUGAUGCUUUACUUUUAAACACGAGUAAAAACUCUAGGUGCAACAACGGAAACGGAGAGACUCAAGAGCUGUAUCUUUGUGUCUUUACAAUCCCUGGCUCUCGGGUUUUAUUAUUUACUGUGUCCCUGUAGGAACACGCAGGGCCCAUUUGGUUUAGAGACUGGAUCGCUGCCCGAAGAGACCGCCGGUGAUUACAGACGGAACUGCCUCUCGAGGGAAGCACUCACAGCUGAGUCCUCAAGGGUCCAGAACUGGGAAUUCUCCAAAUGGACUUCCCACAGGAGGCGAUGUUUAUUAAAGGAUAAAGAAUGAA